AGCUGUCUUGACCUGAGAGCGAAGUGGAGCGGAGCCACACCUGAACCCCAGCCCGAGCAAAACCCGGCCGGAGCAGAGACCCCUGGUCUCGCCAGCGUCCCCGCUAGCUCCCCGCGCUUCUCUCGGCCGGCUUUCGCCCUCGCGGAGGGUCCGCGCCCCCUGCCCAAUGAAACUGGCAGCGAUGAUCAAGAAGAUGUGUCCAAGCGACUCGGAGCUGAGUAUCCCGGCCAAGAACUGUUACCGCAUGGUCAUCCUCGGCUCGUCCAAGGUGGGCAAGACGGCCAUCGUUUCGCGCUUCCUCACAGGCCGCUUCGAGGAAACCUACACGCCCACCAUCGAGGACUUCCACCGCAAGUUCUACUCCAUCCGCGGUGAGGUCUACCAGCUGGACAUUCUCGACACGUCCGGCAACCACCCGUUCCCUGCCAUGCGGCGCCUCUCCAUUCUCACAGGAGACGUUUUCAUCUUGGUGUUCAGCCUGGACAACCGCGACUCUUUUGAGGAGGUGCAAAGACUCAAGCAGCAGAUCCUGGACACCAAAUCUUGCCUCAAGAAUAAAACCAAGGAGAAUGCGGACGUGCCCUUGGUCAUCUGCGGUAACAAAGGGGACCGAGACUUCUACCGGGAGGUGGAGCAGCGUGAGAUUGACCAACUGGUGGGUGACGACCCCCAGCGCUGCGCCUACUUUGAAAUUUCAGCCAAGAAGAACAGCAGCCUGGACCAGAUGUUUCGCGCGCUCUUUGCCAUGGCCAAGCUGCCCAGCGAGAUGAGUCCGGACUUGCACCGAAAGGUGUCCGUUCAGUACUGCGACGUGCUGCACAAGAAGGCGCUGCGCAACAAGAAGCUGUUGCGGGCGGGCAGCGGCGGCGGUAGCGACCCUGGCGACGCCUUUGGCAUUGUGGCCCCCUUUGCACGCAGGCCCAGCGUGCACAGCGACCUCAUGUAUAUCCGUGAGAAGGCCAGCGGUGGCAGCCAGGCCAAAGACAAGGAGCGCUGCGUCAUCAGCUAGGAGCCCCCGGCCCGCCAGCGAAGCAACCCGAGGACCUUUUUUUGUUUAAAAAUAAAAAUCAACUCCCGGACAACCACGUGCUCUCUGGACCUCCAGGGUGCGCGUUGUGGUCUCUUCCCUCCCCAGACCAGGCCUGUGCUUUGGGAAGGCGCCACUUAAGAAGGGACAGUCAUCUGUUCUGGAAGCAAAGAACGGGAGAAGACUGGGACUCUCCCACAUUUGACCCUCCCCCACUGGUGCCCUUACCCCCACCGCUGGGGGGACAGGGUGCAGCAGAGGGGAACCUGUCUUUCUCAGAGACCUGAGAAUGGGAGUGGGGAGAGGGAGUGAAGUUCAUCUGCCACUGUCAGGCUUCACUUAACUAUCCUGCCCCUCUGCUUCGGAAGGGGUCAGGAACAAUGGGGCAUUAUCUCAUCUGUGAUACCACGUUGCCAAGAGGCAGGGCCAGCCUCUGCCCUCCAGAAACUGAGGAGGGAGUGGGUCAAAUCAGAGCCAAAUGGCUUGUUUACAUGUGUGUGUGUGUGUGUGUGUGAAGUUGCACAAGGAAAAAACACAAAACUUGCACUUUAACAGUAGUUCCGGUGUCAACAUGGACAUGAACAAAUUCUCCAGGCAUUUAUACUGUGUGAAGUCUUUAAAGUUAUUAUUGUUGUUUUGAUAUAAAAUAAAAUUAUUUAAAAUGAA